CCCCGCCCCACUCUCUCUCUCUCUCUCUCUCUCUCCAUCUGUCGAUAUAUAUACUGCGUAUUUCCCCCUCAUUUCCUUGUUUGCUGCCGGCGCUCCAGAAAAGCCCUAGCCUCUCUUGAACUCGCGGUCGGAUUGAUGUAUUCUCAAAGGGACGUGUUUCGUACUCUGCUCCAGCGGUGAAUUUCGUUGGAUUCCGGCGGGCUUCGUUUCCGGAUCCGAAGUGUUUGAGCACUGAAUUUGGCCGAUCCACCGACACUUGUAUUUAGAGUCUGUUCCCUCUCAGUCUCUACCCAUAAAUACUGCAACUCUUUCUGGAUGGUCAAUCACCACGAUGCUGUGAAGGACUCAAGUUUCUGGGUCUUUAUCGUUGGUUAUUGUUGCUGAUCAGAAGAAGUUAAUUAAAAACUUAUUGCAAAUGGACCGACGGGAUACUUCAGGUUUUGUGAGCGGGGGUGGGAUGUACUCUUUAGGAGACAUCUAACCCCAGUUUUGUACAAGGUUUGUUUAGCCCGGAAGUCAGGGUGACUGUUCUUUUGUGCUUGAGAUUUGGUUCGAACAAGAGUGUUGCUUCUUUGUUGUUGAUUCAUGGACGACAGGUUUCAGGAUUGGAGGUUUUCUGCUGACCCUUCCUCAUAUGCAUCCAAAAAUCUGGGCAAGUCCAUCCAAGUAGGAGGAGCUGGAUAUAAUUAUUGCGCAGAUACCACCUUACGACUCGAUUCCCCUGCUUCUUCCUUUCCUUUCUUGUCUGUUCCAAAGGGAACUAAAAGAAAGUGGGGUUUCUUGGAUGGAUGUAUGGGUGGACAAAGAGGAUCUCCGUUCUUUCUAAGAUUAGGUCAUUCAUCAAGUUCCUCGGACAGUAAGGGGAGUUCAGCAACUGUAUGCACUACAGUGUCUUCAGCCAAGGAAACUGAUGAAGAGUCCUCGAUGGAUCUCGACUUGGACUUUUCUCUUCAUCUUGGGAAUGAGAAGAUGCCCAACCCAAAAAAUUCUGCAAGCUCCAACCUGAAGGCCCCUGAUAUGCAGCCCAAGGUUGAUCUGCAUCUCAGUCUCUCCACUGGGUCCACUGAAUCUGAUAUCACUAGUGUCCACGUGAGCUCCACUGCAUCUCAAACUGCGGUGGAGAUGCCACUGGUCACUGGUGGAGCCUUUCAUAUGGAUGAAGGAUCAACAUCAUUACGUUGGAAAACUGGAACCUAUUUGCAUCCUUUGCACACUCUAAAGAAAGCUGGGAGUACCCACUUCCUCUAUCAGGAUUUAAGAGAAGUCCAUCCAGUUCCGAUUGUUACGGACCUCUCAUCAAGUGUAGUAACAGCACCAAAAGGUACAGUCACCUGUACUUCCGGGAUCACACAGCUACAACACCAACAGCAACAACCGCGUAAUACUAGUACUAAGACAUGUCAGUUCAAGGGAUGUGGAAAGGGAGCAAGAGGUGCUUCUGGUCUUUGCAUUGCGCACGGUGGUGGCCGGAGGUGUCAGAAACCUGGCUGCCAUAAAGGUGCUGAGGGGCGAACAAUUUACUGCAAGGCUCAUGGGGGUGGUCGACGAUGUGAAUUUUUAGGAUGUACAAAAAGUGCUGAAGGACGCACCGAUUUCUGUAUUGCACAUGGUGGCGGGCGGCGAUGCAGUCAUGAAGGAUGCACUCGUGCUGCUAGAGGUAAAUCUGGAUUGUGCAUUCGGCAUGGUGGUGGUAAGCGAUGCCAAAAAGAGAACUGCACAAAGAGUGCAGAAGGUCUUUCUGGUCUUUGCAUAUCACAUGGAGGUGGCCGUAGAUGCCAGUUUCCUGAAUGCAACAAAGGGGCUCAAGGUAGCACAAUGUUUUGCAAGGCACAUGGUGGUGGCAAGAGGUGCACGUUUGUGGGGUGCAACAAGGGUGCUGAAGGGAGCACACCUUUCUGCAAGGGCCAUGGUGGCGGGAAAAGAUGUUCGUUCCAAGGUGGUGGAGUCUGCCCGAAGAGUGUUCAUGGAGGAACCCUGUUCUGUGUAGCACAUGGGGGUGGUAAGAGAUGUGCUGUACCAGAGUGCACGAAGAGUGCAAGAGGCCGGACUGAUUUUUGUGUCCGUCACGGUGGGGGUAAGAGAUGCAAAUUUGAAGGGUGUGGGAAAAGUGCACAGGGCAGUACUGAUUUUUGCAAGGCUCACGGUGGAGGUAAGAAAUGCUCCUGGGGACAUUCUGAGUCAGAAUUUGGGCAAGGUGAUGGACAUUGUAAUUCAUUUGCUAGGGGGAAGACCGGGUUAUGUGCAUCCCAUGGCGCUCUGGUACAGGACAAACGGGUUCAUGGGGGAGCCACCCUGGGACCUAUGGUCCAUGAUCCUAAACCUAACAAACCUCAGAAGAUGAAAGAGGUUGUCAAUGGGGAAGAUAUGAACGUUGAUAUUAUGAAUAUGCAAAGUAGUGGCGUGACUAUUCCUGGCCCUGACUCUUUCAAUUGGAAACAGUUUGAACUUCAGCAUGCAUGUUUGCCAGGUGGUGACGAGGUUCGAUCAGCCCCUCCCGCUUUGGCUCCAGAAGGCAGAGUGCAUGGUGGAAGUCUGCUGGCGAUGUUGACGGGGAGUUCUGGUCUUGGCUUGAGGGAGACCUGACAUGAUUCCUCGUAACUGGAAGUAAGCCGAUUUCACAACCUUGUCUUCAAUUUGCUUGUAGCUCGUAGUGCGCAGGGCUUCCUGCGAGUGUCCUUCACUUAGUUAUGUGUUUGGUUUAGUGGUUUAGGGGACGAGUAGCCCUCAUUAUAUUAUAAUGAUUAAAAUGGUUAGAACUUCUGAAGUGUUUUCCUUGACCACACACUGGAAAUAAUCAGUUGAAUCAUCAGAUCUACAUCUAGGUUUGCAUCUUUUAGCCUUUUCGAGUCUGGGUCGUUGUUUGUGGUGUCCUGUAAAUAUUUUUGUUUUAUGUCAGCGUGGUUUGUUGUGAAUACAAUUAGACAAUAUAUAUAUGGAGUGCCAGUCAGUUGUUCUCUUUAUGAUAUAAUAAAGCUCUGCAUUAUGGCUUUGGAGCAUAA